AUUUUUCGUCAGAAGGCCGCGCGAAGGCACAGGCGUCUGAACGUUAUCACGGUGCCCGGGCGGCCGGCGGCAAAUGCGAGCCGCCUGUCAACAUCUCUGAGCGGCGGCAGCUCCGAAGGCCGGGGCAACUGGCGGCAGGUAGGAAACUAUGUGAAGGAAUCUUCUGAUGUAAUAAUUCCUGGCUGUCACUAGAACAUUUGAUCGUCACUCCUUUGGCAAUUCCAGCCUUCUGUGGAAGUGAACUAUGCCUUUUUGGUUUGGGACCCGGCCAAGGUGGAUUCCACUGGAAGGAGGAGAUUCUUCGAUUGGACUGGAACCUGGGCUGAGCUCCAGUGCUGCCUGUAAGGGGAAGGAGAUGUCCCCAACCAGACAACUCCAUAGAUGCCCUGGAAGCCAUUGCCUGACAAUAACUAAUGUUCCCAUCACUGUUUAUGCAACAAUGCGGAAGCCGCCUGCACAGAACAGCAAGAAGGCACCAGAAAUAGCAUCACUGAGUCUUCUGUAGUGGCUUGACUAGGUCAUGGGCAGUGCGCCAGGAUCAUCUUAUGACCUGGUGAACAAAUAAAAGUGGUAGUGCCUUUG